AUGUCACGAGAAGAGCUCAUUGUUCUGCGAAAGACUCUCACUGAGCUACUCGACAAGGGUUUCAUUCGAGCAAGUAGUUCUCCAGCGUCAGCACCAGUUUUGUUCAAAGACCGAUAUCCCUUGCCGUUGAUCGAGGAAACUUUGCGGUCGCUGUCCAAGGCCAAGUGGCUCACCAAACUUGACCGUUACAUAAACCACACGUUGCGAGAUUUCCUCGACGAGUUCUGUUCCGCUUACAUUGACGACAUCUUGAUCUACUCGAGCGGUUCGCUCGCAGAUCAUCGCAACAAAGUCAGGCAGGUCCUUGCUCGACUGCGAGAUGCAGGCCUGCAGAUUGAUAUCGACAAGUGUGACUUUGAGGCAAAGAGUGUCAAGUACCUGGGCUUCAUCGUCGAAGCCGGAAAGAAGGAUGCGGUGUUUGCGUGGUCGAAGGAGUGCGACAAGGCCUUCGAGGAGUUGAAGGCUCUUCUGACCAGUGCGCCGGUCCUUGCGCAAUGGGAUCCGGAUAGAGAGACGAUUGUGGAGACGGAUUCAUCCGAAAACGCACCGGCGGAGUGCAACUACCCAAUCCACGAUAAAGAGCUGCUGGCGAUCAUUCGCUGCCUUGAGCAUUGGGACGCCGAAUUGAGGAGUGUGAAGUCCUUUACCGUUUUGACGGAUCAUCUCAACCUCCGUUACUUCACCAAGAAGCACUUCACCAUCAAGCAUCGACCGGGCAAAGAAGCCGUCGUACCGGACACGCUGUCUCGACGAGAACAGGACAUGCCGCACAGCGCCGAAGAUGAUCGGUUGCAAGGACGACGUGUUCAGCUGCUGCAACGUAACAAGGGUGGCCUGGUGACAAAAGUCAAGAGCGGUUAUGUCACCAAGGGCGACACGGAUCAACCCGAUGACGCAACAACUGACCAAGACGACUCAAUCGAAAACCCUUUCUCGGACCCGGAACUGCAGAAGUUAUGGGACGAAGGUGUCAAGAAGCACAAUCGUUAUUGGCUCAUCCGAAAGGCCGUACAGCAAGGCGAGAGGCGUCUGCCGUCGCAUUGGGGACUGCCCGAGACGCAUGACUCAACGCUUGCAGGACACCCGGACGGGACAUGCUGA